GACGUGACAAGUUAUUACAAGAAUAAGAAAGAAUUAAUGGUGUAGAUGAAUUUGUAAUACAAGUUUGAAAACAUGGCUGAUUCUGCAGGAAAUUGGUGUCUUAUUGAAAGCGAUCCUGGUGUUUUUACGGAAUUAAUUAAAGAAUUUGGUGUUAAGGGAGCUCAAGUGGAAGAAUUAUGGAGUUUGGAUGACGAACAAUUUGAAAAUUUAAAACCAAUUCACGGUUUAAUAUUUUUAUUUAAAUGGGUACAAGACGAUGAACCGUCUGGAAAUAUUGUACAAGAUAGUAGAUUGGAUAAGAUAUUUUUUGCCAAACAGGUGAUAAAUAAUGCUUGCGCUACCCAAGCGAUACUAAGCGUACUUUUAAAUUGUAAACAUUCAGAUAUAUCGUUGGGUCCUAAUUUAGAGGAAUUUAAAAACUUUUGUCAAAGUUUCGAUGCAAAUAUGCGAGGUCUUGCUUUAAGUAAUUCCGAUGUUAUUAGAGAAGUUCACAAUUCUUUUUCGAGACAAACAUUAUUCGAGUAUGACACUAAACAAGCAUCUAAAGAUGACGAUGUAUUCCAUUUUGUGAGUUAUGUAUCUAUUGAUGGUCGAUUAUACGAAUUGGAUGGAUUAAAGGACGGACCCAUGGAUUUAGGACCGUGUCCAGUUGGUGAUCAAUGGGUUCAAGCGGUUAAACCGAUUAUUCAGAAACGUAUAAAUAAAUACAACGAAGGAGAGAUACAUUUUAAUUUAAUGGCUAUAGUAACAGACAGAAAGACACUUUACGAGCGUCAAAAAGCAAAUGUUUGCGAUCCUGCGGAAUUAGAACGUUUACAGGCAUUGAUAGAAGAAGAAAUAAGAAAAUCUAAACGAUAUCAAAUUGAAAAUAUUCGAAGAAAGCACAAUUAUCUCCCUCUUAUUAUGGAAUUACUUAAAAUACUUGCCAAAGAAGGAAAACUUAUUCCUCUUUAUCAAAGAGCAAAAGAGAAGGCACUUGAGAAAGAAUCAAAGAAAAAUAAAGCAUAAAAUUUUGAAAAUUAUAUUGUAAUACGAAUUUCUGUAUAAUAACGAUUCAU